UCAAUCAGCGAUCACGAAAACUCUGAAAAGAGAAAAAUGAAAGGGCCAAAUUUAUUUAAAAUCAAAUUGUCAUUAAAAGUCUUGAUGAUCAAUCUUCUGAUACUGAAGGAAGUCAAAUCUAACAGUGAUGCUUGUCCAGUAUCAAGACAAACUAUGGCUAUUGUUCCAAACUGUCCAACCAGUGAAUCAGAAUGGCAAAAAGCUUCUCAAAGAAAAAACUGUUCAGCUUUUGCUAGUCAAUGUACUGAACCGGACAAACUUUUGUACCAUUGUGUGAUAAAUCCAUUUGUGAAUCAGACACUGGAAGUUUGUGCUUAUGGAAUGUACAUUCAUCUAGGUUAUUGUACGGAGUACAGCUACAGUGGCAAUAUAAUCCAGCAGAAUUAUGAUACGGACUGUUCUAAAUUUACUCAGAGUCUGGCAUGUCCCAGUGGCUACCACUCCACAGAAGCAUACAAAUACCCCGGUUGCUAUGAACUGACAAAGAAAUCCACAGUACAGAAUCCAACUACAGCCCCCUCUGUCCCAACCUCUGACACAUAUGUACCAACUCAAAAUGUGUCCAUGGUUGAAGAGUCAGAUAUGGAAAAUGUUAAAGAUAUAAAAUUGGAACUUAUUAUUGGAAUCACUAUUGGAGUCAUUCUGGUCUUGUUAGCUGGAACCGCUGUUGUAAUUUUUGUACUGAAAAGACGUCCAGCUAAAUCUGAAAAGCUAAACCUUACUGUAAAAGAAACAGUAGAAGAGAAUGAUCUACUCAUGAAGGAAAAUGGAAAAACAGAAGAAAGACUGAUGCAGAUUGAGCCUUAACUAUUGCAUUAUUAAAAUUAAAGUAUAUCAAUCAAGAAAAAUCAAUACUGAUGAGGAUCAAGAACUGGAGACAUCAUUAAAAUAAUUUAUGAACUUUUUUCAGUGCUCUGAUAAGAAGUAUAUGUAUGAAAGAUCUACAAGUACAAUGUAUCCCUUGAAAGAUACUGUAACAGACAAAACGGAUUGGAAGAUUAUAAAUCUUCAGAACAACGUGUUUGACUGAUAUUUAAACAUUAAAUGUGGGAUGAUUACACAUUUAAGUUUGACAUGGUUAUACAGAUGUAUGUUACCUGUAACAUACUGCAAUUUUGAAAGAUGUUGUUCUGAAAUAAAUGCGUGCUUUAUAUGUAUGUGUUGUUUCCUCCUGCAUAACACAGUAUGAAUAUAUUUCAACCUGUGUAUAAAUAUGUUCUUCGCAUUAACAACAAUUCAUUGUUUAGCCAUGAAAAAUUCAUAUUGAUAGCAAUGUCACAAGAGGUCAACGUGUCGAACACACUAGAUAUAUACUGUUGAGGUAUGAAAAAAUUUGUUAAUAGGUUUCAAAUUAUAGAAAUAUGUUGUGUGUCAUAAAUCAGACGUAAAUGUAAAUAAAAGAAAUUGGCAACUUUCUUAAGAUAGAAAUUCGUUUUUGUCACGUGAUCAAAUCGACUAUAAAGCGCUUCGACAAAGCUAUAUUUACAUAUUUACAUCCCAAAUAAAAAAUUAGAAUGAUACCUUUUUUCUUGACUAAAUUUGACAUGGCAAUUUUUGUAGGAAAUUUUUAUGAUAAAAUUUUGAUAAGCUGUUUAUGCUAGAGUAUUUCAAUUUCUUUCUGAAUACACUGUGAUAACUCUUCCAAAGUUUAGGUGAGUUGAUUUCUUGAUAAUUCUACCGAUCGGAAAUGUAAAUUUCGCCAAGCAAAAAUUCAGGAGCCAAGCUAAGCUGAAUACAUUUACAAUUGUUAAUUCAUAUUAUUCCACGUUUCGAAAAACCGUCGAUGCUCUGGCAUACCCAACAAACUAGACAGUGAUUCAUUAAACAUAAGGUUUCUGUACGCUUGUACAUUUUUAUAGGGAAUAUUACAUUUUUGAUAAUAUAUAAUAUGAUAUAUUGUAGGAUUUAUCUAUAAUGUCUAUGGUUGUGUACAUUUUUGUAGGCAUUUAUAUAAUGCAUUUUUAUUAAUUAUAAGUUGUGAAGUUUUAACGCUAGGUUUAUCUUUAUUUGUGUACAUUUUUUGUAGGUAAUAAUGUAUUUUUAAAAAGCUGUUGAUGUUUAAAGCUGUUCUAAUUUGUUUCUUAAUUUAUUUGUCAAUCUAACAAAUUGUAGCUAAAUAAUACAAUUUCAAUACGUUUAACUCGUACAUGUAUUUAGUGUUCAUCCAUUAUUUAAAUACAAAAGUAAAUAUAUAA